UCAGUAUUGAAAAUCUAUAAUAUACGUGAUCUGAACUAUAUAUUUUCAGUAUGGCAAUGAAUAUCGAAACGCAUUCGUAGUCAAAGGAUACUGCGUCCAGAGCACUGGCUGUUAUCCCCCCCUUAACAUCCCUCGUCGACUGUCGAACGCGUUACGAUUUUUAUAUGUAUUUGUGAUUAAUUGAUUCAACGAUCAAGUAGAACGACGGAUAAAAGUCCAAAUAGAAACGUGAAUGCACACGCUGCUGUUAACAGUGAAUUCUUAGAAUCAUUCUGAGAAGAAUCGGUGAUAGUACUAGUGAUAACAAAUUUUCCCGUCGUUGGAUUACUAUGAUAAGAUGUCCAAUACGCUCACGCCGUUUGUAUACUGGGCCCAAACUGAGAGUCAAGUUACACUGAAAGUAGACUUAACUGACGUGAAGGAUCUCAAUGUUAAUCUAAAAGAAACUUUAUUGCAAGUUACAGCCUAUGGACAAGGAGCUAGAGGACUAAAUAAUUACAGUUUCAGCCUGAAUCUUCACUCACCUAUUGAUCCAGAUGAGAGUAAUUAUAAAGUAAUUGAUCGUGAAAUAGAUUUUGUUUUAAAAAAGAAAUGUAAUGGUUGGUGGCCAAGAUUGACAAGUCAGCCGCAAAAGCCUUCGUGGCUCAAGAUUGAUUUUGAUAAGUGGAAAAGCGAAGAUAUGGAUGACAAUGAGGAUGAGAAACGUGAUAUCCUUGAUGAUUAUCCAGAUAUGUAUGAUAAGUUACAUAAAGAAGAAUUUGGUUAUAGAAAAGAGGAUUUCGCAAAAGUAUAUCUAGUCAUAUAUAACCUUUGUCAAUUUGUUGGCUUUAUUUAUGUGCUUGCUGUAAUGGCUGUUAGAUAUUCGCGCGAUGGACCAGAUUUUAUGAAAGAAACGUAUCUUGCAGUUGGCACUCCGGUCAAAUUCGUACAACUUUUACAAUUUCUAGAGGUGAUGCACUCUAUGUUUGGAUAUACAAAGAGUAGUACAUUGGUGUCUUUCCUACAAACAGGAGGCAGAACAUUCAUAUUGUUUUUGAUGAUCGACGCCGAGCCUCGUAUGCAAACUAAACCAGUUGUUUUCUACCUGUUUCUCAUAUGGGGUACAGUAGAAAUAGUCAGAUAUCCAUACUACAUCACGCAGUUAUUGAAUAUUAAAAUAUCUUUUUUGACUUGGUUGAGAUAUACAAUAUGGAUAUUUUUAUAUCCAUUGGGCUUCGUAUGCGAAGGUAUCGUAAUGUUACGGAACAUUCCAUACUUCGAAGAAACUCAAAAGUUUACCGUUUCUUUACCAAAUAUUUACAAUUUCACUCUUCACUUUCCAUCUGUUAUAAGAAUUUAUUUGCUUUUCUUACUCUUGCCUGGAAUAUACACGGUAAUGUCUCAUAUGAACCAGCUGCGUUCUAGAAAACUUGGAAAGUCGACUAUUAAAAGAAAGUAUAAUUAAUUUCGCAAUAAGUAGAUAAUCUAUCAUUUGCGAUAUUCUUCUUUACGCCGGUAAUUACUUUUACAAUAAAGGAUGGGAUAUACACAGAACGAAUAAUAAUAGCUCUGUUUUAGUUUAGCUUUCCUAAUACCAGUGUCAUUUUGUGUAGAUAUUUGUAUGGAUAUAUUUUUAUCGCUUUCGAAACUAGUGAAUAUAUCUAACGAAAGAAUUUAAAUAAUAUAUACUCAGAAUCAAUGCAAAGAGCUUUCGAGGCGUUGAUGCAAAAGGAGAUUUUUAUCUAGUCAAAUUUAAUA